UUUCCAAGAUGUCAGUAAAAAUAUAUCAAUGCUGGAGUCUUUCUCUCCUUGUCAAUAACGGGAGACAAUCUGUUUAUUCACAACACAACUCAUAACGGAUUGCUACGGUUUGCAAAGUAAAUUAGAGCUAUUUUGUCAAGCGUCAUUUCUUCUCGUUAACGCAGCUGCGGCGGCUGAAUAUAUUUUGUCCACGAGAAUCUCGAGUGAUUGUUGCAAAAUAGCGUUGUAAUGGCAUAAGCGUCAACCGUUGCAGUCUCGCGUCAUCCUGUCUGUAAAACGGACAAUGUAUAGUGACAAAUUUGCAUUGCUGCAACGCGAAACAGUCAAAAUGUCACGCACAACAAUGCUUAACGCGCGCGGACAAUAUAUUCACGGCCGCUCAAGUGGUAGUUACAGUUACAAGUCUAUAUAGAGAACACUCGCUUCAGAACCCAUGGCCAUUUAUCUUCGAAUAUCAGCAAUGUUACGUAUUUUAACUUUGGUUCUCUUCCUACGCCUGUCUUCCGUCACGCUGUCAUCGGAAGUAACGUCAUACGCGAGAGUAUCGAGAGACGAACGGCCCGGAAGAAGCUUUCACGAUUCUUUCUCGUGGAUCACCAGGCCCGUAGCGAGAAACAAUACGAGCGUGGAGAACGAAAAUAGAAGUAUAAAUGACGUUGUUAUCACAGCAUCGCCCGUGUACGUACCGCCGAAACCUCCGAAACUGAAGAAAGGUGAAGCGAUCGAUCAUCCAGCCAGCCCAAGAUAUUCGACGCUGGAUCACGAAUUGAUAGCCAAGCUGGACGCGGGCAAAAAGCAAAUUCAACAGCGAUUUAAUCCACCUGCGGCUGGACUCUUUGAUAAAGACCCUAUCCCUUACGCAAACGGAAGGCCGCAGAAAGGAGCGAGUAUAUCGGAUGCGGAAAACUCUCCAAGUAUAAACUCAUCCGCUUUUCCGGGUCCAAUCUUCCCUGGCAUAUACGAAUACAGCCCGAUGGGCCCGGUCCUCGACGACGAACCACCGAUGUCCAAACCGAUAAUCAGUAAAUAUCCACCUGCACCUAUGAACGAUGAGAUUCCAGAUUCUUACAAACCGUCACCGAACAAAUAUCACGUCAGCGACCAGCACGAAACGGACUAUCCUAAUUUUGAAAUGGCUUCUUCCUACGAGAACGACGGACCUGGACCGAAACCUAUGAAAUUUUCGAACCAUCACGACCGUCCACCUUCGUUCGCAGAGGAUUCAUACGAACACGAUCAUCAUGAUUUUCAUCAGGACCUGAUCUACGAUCACAUACCCGUGUAUCACGAGCAUCAUCCCAAGACCACGACAGAGGAGCCGGAAAUGAACGACCAGCGACUCGACAAGAGGCCCUACUCGUAUUACUUUAUAGGAAAAAAGCUGUGGUAUAUACCGCUGUAUUUUAGCAUCUAUUUUAUCAUAUAUAUAGCGGCGCUCGUACUGAAGAGCGUCGCCCGACACAAGAUCAAUUUUCCGGCUCAGCUGGCGGAGGCCGUGACUCAUCGUAAAAGACGCGAACUUAGCGAAGGAUGGUGGCAUUUUACCGAAAGAAUACUUGAAGGGAUGGAACGAUUUGCUGAAACAUCCGGUAACAGUUCUGAACGUCGAGUGAGCUAUCGCUAAAAAAAAUCUCGAGACAAAAUUUCUAUGUAUUUUUAAUGAUCGCUAUUCUCGUCGCUGUAUAGAUGGUAUAAACAAUUGGAUAUAAAAGAUAAGUUUAUGAUGCAUAAUAUGUCGUUAAAAACCAUUGGUAAAUAUGUAGUAUUAUUUAUAAGAUAUAUAUAAUUUAUGCGUAAUUCAUGGUAUCUUAGAUAAGGCAAUCA